GCUGUUAGCACUGCUGGAUAUUUAAGGGGCAGCAUUUCAAGUCCAAAGAAGUUAUCUUUCACAGUUCAUGCACUGCUUCUUCAGCUAUUCGGACUUUGGGAACUGACUAGAAGCUAUGAACAGCGGAAUCUGUGUCUGCGUGCUGCUUGCUAUUCUCUCGACGAGCUGCCUGGGUCGUCUCUCGGCAGGGUCUGAUCAUGAAGGUAGUCCUGUGGCAGCUGAGCUGCAUCAGAGCCUCUCAGUGCACCAGAGGCAGGUGCGUGCAGCCACAUCUAAUGGCCAGGUAAAGCCUUUCCAAAUGGCAGAGGGGAACAUGGAGCAAAGAGCGAACCUCGCAGCAGUGAUGGCCAGAUAUCGCAAGCAAGCCAGGAAAGGCUCUUCUGGUAGAAACCUAGCUCUGAGCAGCAAAUCACAGACCCUGGAUCUAAACCACAGAAUAAACGACAGAGAUUACAUGGGCUGGAUGGACUUCGGACGCCGCAGCGCUGAAGAAUAUGAUUCCUACUCAUAAGGAAGAUGCCAAACAGCAACAACAAAACAACAGCAACAACAGCAAAUAAACAAAACAAAAAAAAGUGAAAAUGCGCUCAAAUUCUGUAUAGAGAAAUACAAAUACAUUUUAAUUCAUUGUCCUGGAAAUAUCACAAACUAUAUGAUCUAUUUGAUGUACAUUUGUUUGUAGAACUAUAUGAUGAAAUAUAUACAUUAUAUGCCAAGUUUUGCAGAAAAAAAUGUCUUUUUUUCAUAAUGUUAAUACUCCAUUAUUAAAACAAUUUAACUUUAAAACAAUCUCUUGUCUUGUCACCAGGAAGUUGUCAGGUGUUGCAGA